AGUCGGGGUGUUGCUGUGGCAGCGUACGGAACCCUCAGUGCCCAGUUGUUGCAUUUCACAGUGAAAUCAGACGUGAAUAUUUUGCCCUUCCCACAAACAUAAUAAUAUCAUCCUCCUAGCUUGCUUGAGACUAACAUUGAUAUAGAUAAUUUCAUCCCUCUGCCACAUCCUCGACUUUUCUUCCCUUUUUUGGCAGGGAGUGUGGCAAAAUUAUGUCUAUUUGGGAUUCAUCAGCAGCGUGAAAAAUUCCAUGCAUGUCGUGGUGUGAAAAUGUGAUGGAAUGAAGUGUUUUGUGGGCGUGUGAAACCAAAAAGAAAAGAGGAAAAAAAGCAGGAAAAUUGUGCAGUCGAAGAGCUUUUUUUCCUCACUGUAUGACAGGACAGUGUUUGGGUGCUUAUCCCACCGGAAGGGGAUUUCCAGAGGGUACCAUCAGGUGGAUUUAAUGUCAAGUGCAGACGGUGGUAUACUCGACAGGUGCUCUUGUGAAUGAAUUUGUGCCCAACUUGUGCAUUUCAAACCAUGUGCAUCAGUAGCGCGAAAAAUCCAACCUCAUUCAAUGUGGAUUACAGACAUUGGUGUUCCCAGCAAGAUGAAAGUCUGAAGGAUUCAUGAGGGGCCAGAGCCCCCCGCUACAAGCAACCCACCGUGCGUCGGGUAGCAUCUAAAGCUCCUCGCGCGCAACCCACGUGCCCAGCAGUAUGGACGGGCGAGUGCUGCCGGUGCCCCCGCCCGACAGUGCUACGCUGGGAAUGCGGGGGCCCGGGCCCCUGCGCGAUAUCUAUGACUACGUGUUCAUCGAGAACAGCAACCCGGGUGCCUACAUGCUCCUCAACGCAGACACCACAAUCUUCCUCAAUGAGACGGCCCUCCUUGCAAAUACAACCCUUGCAAAUGGAAGCUCCCUCGCGUCGGGCAAUGGUACAAGGUCCAGUGAGGAGGUAAGCAAUGUCAUCUUCAUGGCAGCAACGUCCAUCAUCCUCGGACUAAUGAUCCUCAUUACAGUGAUCGGAAAUGUUUUCGUAAUUGCGGCAAUUAUCCUGGAGAGAAAUCUGCAAAAUGUCGCCAACUACCUUGUGGCCUCUCUGGCCGUUGCUGAUUUAUUUGUGGCGUGCCUUGUUAUGCCACUGGGGGCUGUUUACGAGAUUAGCCAAGGAUGGAUUCUUGGGCCUGAGCUCUGUGAUAUUUGGACCUCGUGCGAUGUUUUGUGCUGCACAGCUUCGAUAUUACACCUCGUUGCCAUCGCCACAGACAGAUACUGGGCCGUUACAAAUGUGGACUACAUGCACUCAAGAACAUCCAAGAGGGUCUUCACGAUGAUCUUCCUCGUAUGGUUCGCUGCAGUCAUCGUUUCGCUGGCGCCUCAAUUUGGAUGGAAGGACCCAGAAUACUUGCAACGGAUAGAACAGCAAAAAUGCAUGGUUUCGCAGGAUGUGGCCUAUCAGGUUUUUGCAACAUGCUGCACUUUCUACGUUCCUCUAUUAGUUAUUUUAGUGCUGUAUUGGAAAAUAUAUCAAACGGCCCGAAAACGAAUUCACCGUCGAAGGCCUAGACCACCGAUGGCGGGAAAUAAUAAUCAGACUGCUGAGGCAAAGACGAAAUCGCGAAUGCCUUUUCGCUUGGCCAGAUUCACAACACAGGGACGUUCCACCCUUGGGCUUGUUGAGGGGAAUUCCACCAAUACGGUCAACACGGUGGAAGAUACGGAGUACAGCAGUAAUGAGAAGAAGGGCAUCGAAGUUACAUCGUUUAACAAUUCCGACGAGGUCCCCGGAGCAUCGUCAGCUAAUCAAAUCACAACAGUGUCGCAUUUUAUCGUGAAUCAAGGGGAGAAUGGUCAGAGUCAUCAGGUGAAGGUAACCACAGCCCCCGCGGAAACUCCAAGUGCUCCCAUUCCCACAACAGCCACCAUCACACCGUCAUCCGUGGCCAGUCAGCUGUCCACACCGACACUGCAUCCGCACAACCAGCCACCGAGUCAAGUGUCGACGCCCAUACAGCACAGCGCCUCGGCGUCAACGAUGAAUCCACAUGCACAGGUUUCCAAGCGCAAGGAAACCCUCGAGGCAAAGCGCGAACGCAAAGCCGCCAAGACGCUGGCCAUCAUCACGGGGGCAUUUGUGGCAUGCUGGCUACCCUUCUUCGCAACAGCCCUCCUUCUGCCACUGUGCGACGCCUGCCAUAUCAACGAUACCGUGUGGUCGCUCUUCCUGUGGCUUGGAUACUUCAACUCCACCCUCAAUCCCGUCAUUUACACCAUCUUUAGCCCCGAAUUCCGACAAGCCUUCAAGCGUAUCCUCUUCGGUGCCCAUAGAAACUCCUACUAUCGUCCUGGAAAGUUCUAACAGGUAUCCCCUCCAUCCCCCAUUUAACCCUUAAUCUACAUAACUCUUACACAUAAACCACACGAAAAGUUAAGGAUUAUGCAUUGUGUGUGCCCUUCGUUGUGUCCUUUUCAAUCACUUUCUCAUUCAUUUUUAAUUAUAUUUCAAUGAAAUCUUAUUAAAAUAAUUUAUUUUUCAAUGAAAAAACUCAAGAUUAAUCCAGAAAAAAUUCAGAAAUGAACGAAAACCUUUUAAAAACCAUUUUUCUCGAGGGCGGGCUUUUUAAAAUUAUCUGCAAAUAAAUUGGACUAAAAGAGGCGCUCUUUUGCCAUUCAAUUUUAACCUUUUCACUCUGAAAGGUUGAAAAAAAAACCCUGCGAGAGAAAGUAGGAAGAAGAGAAAAGGCAAUCAAAUUGAAAGCCACAGCAGCAAAUUAGCUAGCAUUUGAUCAUUUUUUUCUGCCUGGUUUGAAGGAGCUGGAAAAACUACACGGAGCAGUGUGAAAGUGGGAAUUCAAUCUGUUCUUGUCAAAAAAAAAAGUAGAAAAUAAAAAACUUUCUGAUUUAGUGGAGUUUUCAUGAUGGGAAAGCUCUUUUCCAUGAGCUUUUCCAUCCCCCGUAUAAAGCCACAAAACUCUUUUGGGGGUUUGCACAACCAUUCAUCUUUAGCUUAUUUCUUUGCUUCUCUCCCUAUACUACCCCACAUCCAUACAUGUCUAAGGGAUUCUCUUUUUUCUUCAUCCGUAUUUUAAGGAGCAAAAAAAGUGAAAAGAGUGAGAAAAAUUCUUUUGGGGAAAAAUCCUGCAUUUUAUGCAAGGAAAUUGAAUAUUUUGAAUGUCUCUCGUGCAUUUUCUUUUCACAUUCCGCCACGAUAUUUAUUCAUUUUUUUUCCUCGGCUUCUCAUCCGUUUUUUUGCAACACUCCAACUCAUUGAGGAAUCCCGCAUAAGAGUGCGAGGAAGAAGAUUGGAAGGAAGAGGGGAAAGUGAGAGAAAAAUAAAUAAAAAAAACUACAUCCCUGUAUCCCCCUCAUUAAUCACAAUGAUUUAGUGAAUUUUCACCGCCACUAAAUCCAAAACUUUCUGACAUUCUUCGCCCUCAAAUCUGCAUCUGGACUUAAUAAAUCGCCCCAUCUUGCCUUUUUGGCAGCACCCCCCUUAAAACCCAAAGCAUCGUAUGUACCAUGCAAAGAAUAACAGGGACGUUAACAGGAUGAUUAAGGACACCGCGAAAGGGAGCACAUGAUGGAGGAGAAACAAUUUUUUAUAGUAAAUUGUGUAAAAAAUAUAACAAAAAACGAUAGAGUUGCGAGGGUGUGAAUUAUUAUUUUUCACGCAAAUACAGGGUGUAUCAGAUUAAAUGUCCCAGGAUGAGGUGUAAUUUGAUUAUAAACUUAUGUGAAAAAUUUUUUAAGUGUAAGAAAAGCUUCUAAAUGAAUCUUUCAGCUGAGACACAUUUUGUGCUAUAAAAGAAUUGAUAUUUUCUUUAUGAAUUAUCUCAUCAUCAUGUUUAAUGAUCAAAUGACAGAACAGAAAGUAUUACAAAAACGUCGGUGAAAGAGUAAAGAUCGUAAAAAAAAUAAAAGUAAAUACUUUAAAGAAAAUCCUUCUGUUUUAUAGCACACAGUGUGUCUUGGCUAAGAGAUAUUAAUAGGUAGUAUUUUUUUAGACCUUUCGAAUCUUUUAAUUCUCUCUUACAGAAUAAAAUUUGAAAAAAAUAAAAAGCGAUUUUAGAAAAAAUUAUUCCUAAAUUUUAUUCUAUUUUAACUCAAAAUAUUUCCUAAAUUAUUACUUUAUUUUUCUACGUGUAACAUAUUUUUAAAAAAAAUGUUUUUAAGUGGCGUUUCGGUGAUUUUUCUCUCCUUCCUCAGGCACAGAUAAGUGGAGAAGAAUUUAUUCUACAUUGACUGUCCCACAAAAUUUAUAACCUGAUGAAUAAGCUAAAAAUCACCAAAAACUUUUGAAUUUAAAUUAAAAUAAAUCAUAACUUAAAGCCAUUUAUUCUGAUGCACCCUGUUAUUUUUUAAGUAAUUUUUUUUAGUUAAUCCAUUCGAUGCAUUUUGGCACAAGAGGAAUUUACUAAAUAUUGAGAUGAAGGAAUUAGAAAAUAUAAUAUUAGAGUUAUCAUUAAAAAAAUGUAAAAUAAAUAGCAAUCCUGCAUAAGGAAAUGUUUUAAGGUACAUUUUAGAGUAUUAAGGAACAAGAGAUAAAAACACUGCUGUACAUAUAGUGAGAAAAUGUUGAACUACUAAUGAGAUACUAAUGAAAAAAAAUGAGAAUAUUCAAUGAAGAAGAAAGAAAAAAACUUUAUAUAUUAAUCAACAAUAUAUCGUAAGUAUAGUUAGUCGAUAAUUUAAUUUAUAAAUAGAAAAUAUUAAUAGAAAAAAAACCUAAAUAAGUUACUACUGAAAGAAGUUAAAGUUAAAAAAAAACUAUAGUGUGACUUAAAUAUUUAGUACAUUAUAUUGUAGGUAAAAAAAAAGUAAUAAGGCAAAAGAAAUUAGAGAUAAAUUAUUGAGAAUCAAAUUAAGAAUACAAAAAACAUGUUAAAAUUUGCAAGAAGAUGAAAAAAGUCUUUUAGAGAUAACAAAACACCUUUUAAGUGUAAUAACCAAAUGAAAAAAAAUGUGGAACGUUUAAAUAAAAAACUAUUAUAGAGCAAGAUAGUUUGUAAGAUGUAUUGAACGUAUUCAAAUGGGGUAUAAUGUUAAAAAUAAAAUUAAACAAAAAAAAAUGUAUAAAAACACGAGAAAUCAAACCAAGAUCCAAAAAAAAUGAAUGAAAUUUUAUAUAAGUGUUUCAAAAGAAGGAAAAAAGCUCUGUAAAUAAUUUCCCAAAAAAUAAAAUGAUGAAGUUUGCAACUGAACGAUUUAUAAAAAAUUUAAAAUAGAAAAUUAAAUAAUAAUUUUUCUUGUUAAACAAAAAUGUAGGAAAAAAUGAAGAAUUUGUUGAGUUUUAACCAAACCCAAAAGAAAAAAAAAUGAAGAAAAGGCGUGCGAAGAAGGAAAAGGAAAUGAUUUCAAGAAAAUACGUAUUGAGGUUAAAGCUUUAUACACAUUAUAUGACAAAAAAAAAGGAAGAUGAAGAAAAAAUGUCACAGGGAGCUUUCUUAAUAAGAAAAAAACCAACAAAGCAGAAGAACUUUGUCGACAAAGUGCAUCAUUUGUCGACAAAGUUGCAAGUGCUACAACUUUUCUGCCAUCACACAGAACAUCAUUAAGUGUUUGAAAAAUUAUAUUCCAACUCUCUCCCCCCUCAAUGACACAAUUUUUUGCAUGGAAAAUUAUAUCGGAUAAAAAUUAUAUUCAAAACGAAUCUAACAAAAAAUUAUAUACUUUUUCCCAUAUAAUUUUCCCAAUGUGGAUGAGUUUCCCAAAUGCAGAGACCAACAAGAAAAUAAAUCAUCAUCCUUAAAGAAAAUUUUGAUGAAUACGAAGAAAGAAAUUUAAAAUAGUUUUAUUUUGAAGAAAUUGUUAUAAAAAAAAAAGAAAUUUCUUAUAAAAUCAAGCAAUAGAAAGUCUUCAUUUUGGACGCAGAAGGAAUAAGGAAAAACUGCCCCAAAGGAGCUUUUUAUUUAAAAAAAAAAAUGAAAGGUUGAAAGAAGGGGAAUUGAGUGUGCCAAAAGAAAUGCCGCAAAGUUAUACAAUAAACCGACCACAUUGCUAAGAAACCCUUUAAAAAAAAAGAAUGUUCAUCCUAAACCCAAGAAAAAAAUGUAAAAAAAAAGUAAAUCAAAGUGAAAGAGAAUGCAUGUCUAACAUCAAAAAUAAAUAUUAGAAAUCAAAAAGAAAAAAAAAUUGUAAAUAAAAUGAAGGAAAUCAAUAAAGUCAUGUAAAUAUAAAUUAAAA